AUGCAUGGCUUCAAUGGAAAAGUCCUAGGGCUAGCCGGUCAGAUGGGCGACUCCCCCCUCCUUUUCCUCGCCUUGGCAACCGUAGCCCUCGCCCUCCCGACCAGCGACACCGUCGGUGCAACCGUGAUCGAAAAACGCUCAUCCAGACCCUGGCUUGACUCCUUCGACCUCGACGACGUCAUCUGCCAGGACCCAGACGGCGACACCAGCGACGAUCCCCGGCCCUUUAUCCAAGCAGGCGAAUGCGUGACUUUCCAACCGGCGACCGGCCGGGUCGGUGGCAGCUGGGGCGCCGGGGGGUUUGAAAUCGGCAGCUUCUGGGCGUUUGAGAGUGACGAUUGCACGGGGCCGGUCAAGGCGAAUAUUACGCAGAAAAAUCAGGAGCAGGGUUUCUGUUUCAACUUGGAUAUUUUGGGCUGUCAGGCUGGAGAGGAUCUGAGCAAUCCGUGCUUUUGGAAUAGCGUGAGGGGGAACUAUUGUUUACAUGCGCUUUUUCUGCCGCAGAAAGACGUCCCCGAGUUUUCCCACCAGGUCCCACCCGUCGUCCAGGUAUUCGGCACCGGCAACGUAGUCACUGUCGCAUCUCCAUAA